UCGCUCGGACAGUCAGAUCAGAUCAAACCAACCUCAACCUCCUCUGCUUCCGACCUCUCCCUCCCCGCUCCGUCUCCCUCCUUCUAGAACCUUCUAGAAGCGACCGCAGCAAUGCCGCUCCACCACCCCAAGCACCGCCACCACGACGACGACCUCCUCCCCUACCGCCGCUCCGACGACGAGGCCAAGCCGCGCCGCCCCUACACCCCCACUUUCCCCUCCUCCUCCCCGGGCUCCGCCAACCGCCUGCUCGUCCUCUUCGCCGCGACCUGCCUCAUCCUCGCCGCCGCCUCCUUCGCCUUCGCCGUCUCCGCCAGCCGUGGCCGCCCGCCCCCGCCGCAGCCGCCUCCCGCCGUCGCCUUCCGCUGCGGCCCCGCCGAGGACUCGCUCCGAUCCUUCCUAGCGUCCUCCUCGUCUGGCCGCAACUACUCCGCUGGCGACAGGGAGAAGGUGCUCGCCGUCGUGGGCGUCCACACCGAGCACGGAUCCGCCGCACGCCGCGCCGCGCUGCGGGCCACCUGGUUCCCGCCCAACCCCGAAGGCAUCGUAAGUUUGGAACAUGGAACUGGUUUAACUUUUAGGUUUGUGACUGGGCGGCCCAAGGACAAACAAAAAAUGGAAGAUCUUCAGAAAGAGGCAGACAUGCAUCAUGACUUCUUGUUUAUUGAUGCUGAUGAGGAUACAAAGCCGCCACAGAAGAUGUUAGCAUUUUUCAAAGCAGCUUAUCAUAUGUUUGACGCAGAAUUCUAUGUUAAAGCUGAUGAUGAUAUCUAUCUGCGCGCAGAUAGACUUGCUGCUCUUCUUGCAAAAGAAAGACCUCAGCACCGGACUUACGUUGGUUGCAUGAAGAAGGGACCAGUGGUCAAUGAUCCGAAUAUGAAAUGGUAUGAAAGUUCAUGGGAGUUGUUAGGUAAUGAGUACUUUGUGCACGCAUCUGGUUCGCUGUAUGCUCUUUCUUCUGAGGUGGUUGAAGCUGUAGCGACUGCAAAGAGUGAAAGCUUAAGGAUGUUUGAUUAUGAAGACGUUACCAUUGGCGCAUGGAUGCUUACCAUGAAUGUAAAGCAUGAAGACAACCGUGCAAUGUGUGAUCCAACAUGCACACCCACCUCCAUUGCUGUGUGGGAUAAGAAAUGUUCAGGUUCGUGUAACAUCACUGACAAAAUACAGCAGCUUCACAACACCACUUUGUGCUCAAAAAGCCCAACAUUGCCGCCUGAGGUCGAGGAGGAAGAGUAGAACUGCAUGGAUUUCCGGCCCUUAAAACUUGGAAAGGACUGAUGCUUAUAUGUGGUGCUGAAAGCUUGCUAAUUGGAACAAUCGGAUUCUGCUGUUCCGUUAGUGGCUUUGAUCCAACAGCAACCUUUUUUUGCCGGAGAGCUCCUGAAGAAGCAUAUAUAGGCAUCACACAACACCGUAGUGUUUUUGAGUGUAUACCCCCUGAUUGAUGGAUGUAGAUUCAGUGAUGUACUUCACACCAAUUGCUGGGGCGGCAUUUCUCCCCGUCCUGUCGCAGCGAGGGAGCGGGCUGCAGGCUGACAUCAAUUUCGUGUUGUCAAUGUAUAGAUAAGAGCACACAUGCCAUGCCUCUGUGAUUCCCGUUAUGUGCGUUACUGAUCAGACGGUUAAUAUCACUUGAUUCCUGAUGUAUACCCUGUUGUACCAUCCAUUUGUCUACUACUACAUGAAAAUAAAAUAAAAUCCGAGUUGAUGGUGAUGGCA